CUUUAAUCAUUUUAUCCAUCAUGAGCCAAACGUGUGAGAAGAUUAGAGAUUAUCUGAAGAGAUGAGAUCGCUACAUAUUGUAAUGGGUCUAGAUUUCUGUGUUGUGUCUGUAUCUCCUGAAUACUUUUAUUCUCCAUAGCAUACGUGUUUCCCUCUUUUCUUAACCCAGAUGUUACUGAAGCCGGAUAACACAAUGAGCAUUUGUUUUAGUUGAAAAGUUAGUACCGAUCAUGAUUGGUAACUGGAAAUGACUGUUAUAUGGUCUAUAUAUGAAAUUUCUGGGAGCGAAGUGUGCUUUUCUACUGGGGAUCUCAUCAAGGUCAUUGGCUUUGAGCUCCAAUCAGUUUGCUGUGAGGACAUCAGCAACAAUGAGAAGUUUGAGCUGCCUAUCAACCACACAGGCUUGUUCAAGGUUAUUCCUGAGGAGAUGCCGUACAGUACAGUUGAGGAGAUGGUGAGCCUGAGGCCAGUGGACCUGGAAUCCUGCCUUCCCUUCACUUUCACCUGCCGCUCCAAGUUGACAUUUGACAAUUUCACAGUGGGGCCUGGGAAAAUUUUGACAGUACUCUCCAUUGUACGGCAUGAGGGUGAGGAGGCUAAACUGCGUUGCCAUGUUCAAGGGCAACAGGAAGCCUCUGCAGAAGUGUGUAUCCCACUUUCUUCUCAAGGGGAGUUCAGGGAGUGCGAGAGCGAGGAAUGCUUCACUCUGAGGGAGAUCAUGUCUUCGCUUUGCCUACGUAGUCGAAGAUUUCACUUCAUGAACACCGCUAAGAGUGACUGUCCACUUGUCCUCACGCCAAUAUACCAGGUCCACGCCAUAAUGAACAUGAGGAAGAAUGUAUUGCAGUUUCCUUCCAGCUUAGAGGUGGAUGUGGUUGAUGUUACCGACGGGUGUCAGGAUGUGCAUUUUGUGACGCCGCUCAGUCUGACAGAGGUCAUUUCCCAGCCAGAUGAAUCCUUCCCUUCUGUCAUGGAGAUACUGGAAGGCCCAGAGGCUUGCUCUCUGUUCAAGUCCAGCUGGCUGACAGAACUUAAAUGCAAGAACCAACUGAUUUUCCACAAGAAAGGAACCUCAGCCAUGAUUUUAUUGUCCAGCUUGAAAAGCCGAAAGGUACAGCAGUACUUCCUCGUUUCUCAGCAAUACGGUGGACGAUUUCGGAGGCGGCCAAGAGAGUUUAAUUCGGUGUACGAGCUGUAUGUUGCUUCAACCCAAGCAAAAGUUCUGAGGGUCAGUGUGACAAAAAACUGUGAGGAAGUGGAAGAGGAGGGUCUGCCUGCCCUCAGCGUGGGAGAGCAGCUGGAGGUUGUGCGCUGUGAAAGGAUGGAGUUGCCUUGUGAAGGUAACACGGGACAGAAGCAGUCUGUUGAGGCUCUUUUGUGUCAACGUCUCCAAGAUCCGGAUGACGGGGAAGAUGACGAUGAAGAAGAUGUCCAACAGGACGAUGAGAGGGAGGAGAUUUUUCUGCCUCUGUACAUGCAGGGACACUUUGUAGAGGUGCUCACUGAUAACAAGAAGUACAAGCUCAGGGACUUGGGUAAGGAGUUCAGUUUGCCCCUGGAUGUUAAAGUGGUGAGCCGUGACACUGGACUUGAGACUGAUCCACUUGUUGGGUUUGCAUGUCUCAGAAUAGAGGGGGCUAUGUUAGAGCCGACCAUCCAGGCAAGCUUUACACACAGACCAGCCCACUGUUUCGAGAUCCCAGCCCGGUGGAUUUCUAUGUCUGUCUCUUUUACCAAGGACCCCCUGCCAUGGCCCAGCGAUCAACCACCUGAGUGCCGUACGGAGAGGGUCACUGAGGUGACAGACACGUUCCUUUAUGAAUUUCACAAACAAGAGAACUCAGAUGCAGCUCCUCCGCCUCGACCACCAAAGCGAAAUCUGUCAUCUUCCAAGUCUUGCAAAAAAACGUCAAAAAAAUCAUCCAAGUCCAAACAUCGACAAGACAAAAGUGUCCCGACCAAAGAAUUAGCCGACUUGACUUUAAAUAGCAAAAGAAGGCCUCCUGCUCCCCCUCCUCCAGCUUUCUUAGAUGAAGAGCCUCCACCAGUCGUACCCCGAAAGCACUCGGACCAUGAGAGGCCAACAGCCAUGGCUUUGCCAAACACUUAUGUGAAAAUGCAGAAGCCUAAGACAGAUGAGUCAGAGACUGACGUUGCAGCAGAUGUGGAUAGCGACCAUGACUAUGAAACCGUGGACGAUGCGUUGGUGACAAUGAUGAAGGCAGCGCAAGAGAAUGUCAUGUUCUACUAAAAAUUAUGCUGGAAUUACAAAAGAUCACGUAUGGGUGGCGGGAACUUAAAGAGUGACUGAAGAAGAGGUCGUAUUGCAGUUUUUAAGUUUUCCUACUGAAUGUUAAAUUAAUGUUACUUUAUUAUUAAGGUACACAUACUCAUCAUUAACCAGCUGCUUACUGGCAUGCAUAUACACUGUAUAGACAAAAGUAUUGGGACACCUGAUCAAUACACCACCAUUUUAUUGCCCAUUCAUGCAGUAGAGCAUUUGUGAGGUCAAGCACUGAUGUUGGACGAAAAGGCCUGGCUCACAAUCUACGCUCCUGUUCAUUGCAAAGGUGUGGGUGGGCCAGUCAAGUUCUUCCACACCAAACUCAUCCAACCGUGUCUUCAUGGAGCUUUGCUUUGUGCACUGGGGCAAAGUCAUGGUAAAAUAAAAAGGGCCUUCCCCAAACUGCUGCCACAAAGUUGGAAGCAUAGCAUUGUACAAAAUGUCCAAAAAGAUUUCCCUUCGCUGGACGUAAGGGGCCGAACCCAGCCACUGAAAAACAGUACCAAUACUUUUGUCCAUACAAUGUUAGUGGCAUAGUUGCUCUUUAUUAGUCACUAUAUAAAGCACAAAGAAUAUUACGAUUGUUAUCCACGUACAAAUAAGUCCUUACUAUUGAUAAUUAAUCAGGAAGAUACUGAGGGGAAAACUGGUAGAAUACGGUUGUAGAAUGUGGAUGCGGAAUAAGACAUUAUUAAGUGCUUUAUAAUGACUAAUAAUGCAAUUAAACAAGUACUUAAUUGUGACUACAUAUAUAUUAAUUUGACAUGUUACUCUUUCGUUUCAGUAUUUCCUGAGAUAUGAAACGAUGCUUUUGUGCUUUUUGUUCAAACUUGUAGCAAGUAGUUCAAACCAUAUAUGGUAGUUUUGGGGGUUGCAGAAUGUAGUUGUGUAUACAGUGUCAUUAUAUUGUGCAAUACUAAACAGUUACUGUAUGUCGUCCACCUUGGGACGAAACAACAGCAAUGCUCCACAGUAUACAGCCUAACAUUACACCACAAACAACAGCCUUAAAAAUAACCUGAUAAAGGGACAUUUCUAAGCACUGUAAAGAUAGACAUUUGUGGUAUAGUGACUUUAUGUAUAUGCAAACUCUAAACAGGAAGGAACAUGUGUCCCCACCAAUAAGCAAAUCCCUUAGCCGCAAAGAUGAUAAACAGGCAACUCUUCAGCUUCUCACAUGUAAAUGCAUUCUAAUUUUGGAUUUAGCAUAAUACCUGUCAGCAAUUACAGAAAACUACUGAUCUGAGAACCAAAAGUUUGUAUUACAUGUUAAUGUUAUGUUAUUAAAUGUUGCAUGACAACAAUUUCCAAAGAACUAAUAUUGGUUUUGCACCUUUUCUUUUAUUGCCAUUAAGCCUCACUGCAAAAGUAAGAGUAAGAUGAUAUAGAAGUUCAUUUUGUGUCUCUUGUCCAUUGAAACUAUUAAUUCAAUUCAUUUCAUUAAUUUGUGUUAAUGUAUUUCUAUAUUUAACUCUUAAUAAAACUACAAAAACUGCUUGUUCAUCAUAUGUAUGUGUAAAUUAAGACACAAGAGGUCCUGGCAAACGGCCCGACUGCAUUUUGUACAAUCUUUUAAUUUUGGCAAAAGUUACAGACAAAGAAAUAAAUUGACUUACUUAUG